AUGAAAGAUAAAGAAAAAAAAUCUUCUUCUGAAAAAAAAAAACGCCAUUCAAAAUAUGAAAAAAAUAAAAAUAAAAAAUCAACAUUAAAACCUUCAAAAAUAGGAGAUAAACCAGUUAAAGUACAUAAAAGUAAAAAAGAAAAAAUCAAUGAUAAAAUAGAAGAUUUUCAUACAUCUUUACGAGAUCAUGAUGAUAACAUAUACAAGUCAUCAAAAAAUAAUUACAAUAUUAAAAAAGAAAUACCAACAGAAGGAAUAAAUAAUAUUAAUGAUAAACAAAAUCCAGUAAAAAAUUUAAAUUUAACAAAUAAAAUUAAUAAUCAAAAUUCGAUAAAAGAAAAAUCUGAAAUAGAAACAGAAAUACAUGAUAAUAAUAAUACAUCACCAACAUUACGUAAUAGAAAACAAAAAUUAAAUACAAAAAAAGUUGUAAGAUUAAUAGAAAAUGAAUCAUCAAAAAAGAGAGGAAAACAUUCAUUAAAUGAUACUGAUAAAAAAGAAAUAAAAAUUAAGAGAACUCCAAAAGAUUAUGGAAUUGGUCAAUAUAGUAGUAUAAAGAUUCAAACAAAAAAUGUAAAUGGAAAACUAUUUCAUGAUGUGAAUAUACAAACAUUUGAUCAAAGUAAAAGUCUUAUUAAUCAAUCACAAAAUUUACACGUUCCUUUUUACAAAAAAAAUGGUUUAUGUUCAAUUAGAAAAAAUAAUAUUAAUCAAAAUUAUUCUCAAUUAUUAAAAGCAAAAGUAUCAAAAAAAUUACAACUUAAUGAAAAAGAUAUUAUACUUGCUAAAAUUCACCAUCUACGAAAAGUUGUAGAUAAAAUUAAUAAUAAAUGUAUCUAUCAACAUUAA